AUGUCACUAACCUACAUCCCACCACAAAUUGUUAAUGGCCGAACUGUAGUGCAAUUGGAAGCUGAGGAAGUAGAACCAGAGGAGGAAAAAUGGAACUUUGCUCUAAUUGUCUAUAUCAUAGGAGAAACACCUGGAUACAACGCUAUGAGCAGGUAUAUUAGCCAAAAUUGGUUGAAUAUAGAUACUCCAGAACUGUAUUUACAUGAUGAGGGAUAUUAUGUGGUCCGAUUCAAUUCAAUAACUGAUAUGCAUAUUGUUUAUUAUGCUGGACCAUACACCCUUAGUAAUCGCUCUAUAAUUUUGAAGCCUUGGACAACGGAUUUUGAUUUUAGCAAAGAAUUUCCCACUGAGAUUCCAUUAUGGGUCAAAUUCCCUAAUUUGCCUAUAAAUUGCUGGGGUAGCAAAUCCUUGAGUAGGAUAGCAAGUGCGUUAGGGACUCCUGUAUUUGCAGAUGAGUGUACCACAAAGCAAACAAGGAUAUCCUUCGCGAGAAUGUUGGUGGAAAUAAAUAUCAGCCGUCCACUCCUUGAUGAAAUUACAGUAGUUGAUCCAAAAGGGAAGUAUUUUCAACAAACUGUGACACAUGACUGGAAGCCUGAAUUCUGUGGAGUAUGUCAAGUAGUUGGGCAUAGAUGUCGUGAAAAGGGGAAAGAGGAUAAUCAGCAAGAUGCACAACGUAAAAGAAAAAGGAGUAAUAAAGCUAUUACACAAGAAUAUAGAUGCAAAGGUCCUGUGCAAACAACUUUAACAGAUGGAGAGCAAGUAAAACCACUUAAGGAGGACAAGCAGCAAAGUCAACAACUAAAUGAAGAGAAAAGUGUUACUCUUGCUGGUAGAGUAGAAGAAAAAACAUAA